UCCAGGGAUGGGGCAUCCACAACUUCUCUUGGCAACCUCUGCCAGUGCCUCACCAUCCUCACAGUAAACAAUUUCAUGCUAAUAUGAGACUCUAGAUCUGGUAUGACACUCUUAAAAAUUUUUUUGUGCCUUGCAAUGAAUUACAUUUUUAAAUUUAUUAUUUUUUUUUUCACAUGCACUUACAAGCAGCCCAGGCAAGACUCAUUUUUGUCCUUACCCCUCUUUGGAAUAUGAUUUUUGCAUUCCAUUAAACACAUCUCAGGAAUAGGGAGCACGGACAAUAUGUCCUGGAUGUUGGAAAACACUUGGGCCAGGAUCCUGUGGAGAAUAGCAGGAGGGUGUACAUAAUUUUCAACGUAUGCUAAAUGUCUCAUUUAAUUGCUUUUUGUUUUUUAAAGCCAACAGUUUCUUUCUUAGUUUUUACAAAAAAAACAUGCACAAAGUUUCUGAUUUUAUUCUUGAGCAUGCUGUGCACAAAGUUUCACCAGUGUAGAUUGUUUGAUGAGGGAAAUUGUAACAACUGAAGCUUAAGAGAUCCACACAUCUUGCUGUUCUCUGUGCUGUGGAUACACUCACACGUUGUUCCCUUUCCUCUGUGGGAUAUAAGCUGUUUAUGUUCUGCCUGUGCUUAUGGGGUUAUAUCCCUUUAGUUACAUGUGUGGUUAAAGUGAGAUGGCUUCUGCAGCUGGAUGGAGUCCUGGUUAGUCCCUGUCAGUGCACCUGUGAAUUUUAUGGAUUACACUGAACAAGGAAACAAAUUGUUGUGAUUGUAUCAGAAAUCCUUCCAUGUACUUCCAGACCGUGUCAUUGCUACAGUAUCAAGCAACAGCAAAUGCAUUUGAAGUGCUUUUUCCAUCAGAUAAAAUUGCAGAGUUACCCUUUUCUGAGGAUAACUCAUAGAAUCAUUACAUUCAAGUUUUCAUAAGUUUCUGAGGACAAAGCCCCCGAAAUAUUUCACAUAUUCAAAAUAAGGAAUUCUGAUGGUGUUCUUCAUGUAUGUUCUAUCUUCAGUUUACUUUACAAACCGUACGGUAUAUUUUUAGUGUUGACUGUUACCCCUUGACAUAUUUUCUUGCCAUCUUAUGAUUAAAGUAUCCCCAGGAAAACUUCAGUGUAGGUUUCACUGUGUCUUAACAUAAUCUCCCGUUAAGUGGUGAGAGGCUGAGCCCAGUGUGCUUCAGUCACAGGGAAGUGUAGGGGCUGUUGGCACUGCACUGAGAUUUUGGAGACUCAUAUCAUUUCUCAUGGGUUUGGGCCAUGCUUUUUUUUUUUUUUCUUAAUCUGUGCUUGAGUAUCCUCUACAUAAAUUCAGUAUUAAUACCUGUCUCAUAUAAGAAGUGGGUCCUAUUAUCAUGUAGUUAAUGUGCUUUGCUGGACUGAAAUUUUUCUUGUUACUGUGUUUCCUAUGUGCUGGUAGGAAAACUGAGGAUUCUUCAAAUUUUUUGUAUGUUGUUGUUGGAGUUGGUUGGUAUUUUAUUUUGUGUUUGGAAAUUCCACUUUGGCAUGUAAAAAGUCAGUCUGAUAUUAAGUAAUUUACAGCCUUGAUUUGUACUCUUAAUCUCAAUACAAUUCUAAAUAUUUGGGUUAUGUGAAAAUGACAUUUUAAAACUGAGUCCUUGCAGUCUUCCAUUAGUGGGACUGAAAGGAGUUUAGAAUGAAUGAAAUACACGUUUAAAUUUAUUUUACAUACUUUGUUCUCAUAAAAUAGAUAUGUCUUCUAGAAACUGUACUUUCUCCUUCAGAAUUUUGCUUUCCUACUAUAAUUCUCUGAUACCUUUCCCUAAGUGCUGUAAAUGCAAUACUCUAAUAAAGCCCUGAUAAUUCUGAUUGCUACCGCAGCAAGUUUGGAAGUGUUUAGGGGCAGUUCAAUUUCCUGGAAAGGAGUAACUCUUUGGUGUUAUUAAGCUCUGUGUUAGUGGCCAAGGCUGAAUGAUCCGCAGAACCACUGCUGUGGUAGUGGAACUGCCUGUUCUAAUGGCCCUGUUAAUGUCCUGAAUGAAACAACUCAAAUUGUAUUUCAGAAUAUUAUGUUGUGGUCUGGGAGCCAAAUGUUGCCUCUGCAAAACUGGCACAUAUGUGAAAGCUUACAGUAAAGCAGAUUAAUAUUUUUAUUUUGGUGUAAGUAAGACUGAAUUCAUUUUUUUGUGUGUGUUAAGUUUAAAAUUCUACAAAUGUUACUUCUCUUGCAGCAGCAGCUGGUUGCUUUAGUCUCACUUGUUAAAAGAGUCUGUAGGUUUAAAAAUGAGAAUUCUCUGGGGGGGGUUAUUUUACCACAGCUCAGUGCUGUACAAAAUGUAAAGCAACUUACUGCUCUUCCAAGCAAGAGGAUUCCAAGAGCAAGGAGAAAAAGCUGCUGAUAGAGUUCUUUCAUUUGCUUACUUGGUGCCAGAUGUUACUGAAAUAUUUUACCCAGACCAUUAUAGAUCUCCCCAAGGUAACUGAGUGCUGAAAUAUUCACUCUUGUAGCAGGUUCUUCACUUUGUUCACUGAGGUUGUUUCAUGCCAGAACUGUGGGACACGGGAUUCACCAAGUGGAACUGGGGGUGGGAUAGGAAAUAAAAUAGUGGCACCGCGGAUCUGGAGACGCAAAUUUUGUUGUUAUGGAGCAGUGCCACGUUUUUAUGAAGUUGGUGAGGAGCAGCAGCAUGGGGAUACCACAUCAUGUGUGUCACUGAAAGGGAAAAGUCGGUGUUAGAAGUGGAAAUAAAGCUUAGCUCUUCUUGUCAUCACAUGGUUGGUUAUUGUCCUUCAUAGGAACACACUGUUCGGGUUUUAAUAUGGCAGCUGCUCCAGGCCAUGGUGUUCCCAUUGUUUUCUACAGAGGUGUAUAAAAGGUAUUUGCUGUUAAACCUGAAGGCCAUUCAAGUAAACAGAGAGUCAGAAGGUGAUAUUCAAAAAUGGGAGCUGACUGUGAUAAUCACAGACUGUCCCUUGGCCCAGCCAUGCCCAGGGGGCUGCGACUGUCUCUUCUGCAGCUCGCAGGAAAUUCAGGCAAAAAGUAGGACAAUAUGGCAGAUUACUGCUGGUGUAAUAAAAGAGGGAUCCAUUUUUUAAAACUAACACAUUCCAAUUUAUAUUUUAUUGGUGAGCUUUUGGAAUUGCCUGUGGUUUUUUCUUGAGGACUGAAGAAGCUAGGAAAUGUGGCUCUACUUCACAUCCUGCUUGGCUUUUUUCAAAUCACAUAGCAAACAAAACAAAGGGAAAAGGAUAUUAGCAUGCUUACUGAGAAAUAAAGUCCAAGCCUUUUAUAUUCAAAGGAAACAGAGGCAAUUACAGAACAAAAAUUGGAGCUUUUUACACGUCUAACAUGCCUGGAGAACAGGGGAAUGAAAAUGUGAGUGCUCUGUUGCGUGUUCUUUGUAACUAAAGAACUUGAACUUCCAGGUCAGUCUAUUAUCACCUAAUUUACGUGUUCUAACCCAUUUUUGUGUAUUCUAGGCCAUGAUAGUAGCAAUACUAAAAGUAAGAUUACUUGGUUAUUUUUUUAUUGUUAUUGUUAUUUUGAGGUGUUGUUUUCAAUGGCUUAUUUCUUUGUCAUACUGAAAAUUGCCAUAGUGAAUAUGUUUGAGCAGGGUUAUUCCAGCAACUUUAAAUGACUCAGCACCUUGAAAAUUACUUUAAGAGAAAGUAAAUAUGUUAAUUUAAAGGAAAGGGGGAUGCUUCUUACUUAGGAGCAUAUCAACAGUUGAGUUCUGGAAUUUUGCAUUGGAGAGAGAGAAGGUCAGCAUUCACAUGGAGCAUAUGGCUGUUCCUUGAGAAACUUUGACAAAUCAUAAGCUCUUGGAAAACCUGGUUGAUGUAUGUUACUGGAUAAAUAUUUAUUAACUAAAUUAUCUGAAUAUUCCAUGUAACAUGAGUGUUUUCCUGUCUGUUGGUCCUUGCGUGUCCCCUGACUGCGCAGUCAUCCUCUGGACCAAGUGGGUAACAUGAUGCGUCCCACAGCAGUAGGGGAUGGAUAAAUUUAAUCCUAAAUAGUCUUUCUUUACCUGUGCUUCUCCCCCCAACCCCAGAACACUUAGGCAGCAGUCCUGCUCCUGGUGGGAUGAGGACUGAUGUUUGGGGAGAGGUGGGAAACAGAGUGGGGCAGGAAAGGAAGGAUUUUUAUUUAAUCAUCAUUUUGAAAAGAAAAUAAUAGUUUAUUUUAGGGCCUAAACUUAGUAGCAAAACAAAGCUGUUCAGGUUUUACCAAAUGUUAGAGUCAAAACAGGGAAGGUUCUGGAAAAGUUAGCGGUGGAUUGGAACUGGAUUUGACAGAGGGUUGCUGGACUAGGAUUUGGUGUGACUCAAUUUAUUCACUGGUCCAAGUCAGUGCUUGAUUUAUUAAUGGGGUUGUUAUUCCUGGAAUCAUAAAGGACAUAAAAAUGAAACAGUUGAUAAUGCAACAUCUUGGUCUUGAUGAAGUGUUUAAAUGCCAAAAAUGCAUAGAGGGGAUUUUCUUACCCAUUCAAUACUCAAAGUCCAUUUUAAAUGCAGUUAUUAUUUAAAUAAAACUCCUCUUCAUCCUUCAACUGUACUUCAAUAGAGUUAGGAAUUCAGUCUUUUACAGAACGAGUAUUUGGAAACUUUUAUGAUUUUAUAAUAAAAAUGUUGGAAAACACAACAUAUGUUUACGUAAACUGCUAACAUUGUAAAGUAUUCAAUAGCAAUAAAGGCAGUGAGACUGGUGGUUAUUCUGUGUCUUCUUUAUGAAACCACAAAGUAUAAACACAAAACAAGAUUAACUUCAGUCAUAGUUUAUUGGGUGCUGAUGCAAAUCACGAUUAAAAUAGGAUUUCCUGUUGCUUUGACUUAAUUUGUCUGGCAGGAUAUGGUUCUAUGAGUGUCUCCAAAAGUAUGGAUACUUGUGUGGAUAUUCCAAAGGCUUCAACAGCAAAGGGAUGAAAUUGUGUCUAGUAUAUAAGCAACCCUGUUGUUUAUCCAUGUGUGGAAUGCCAGGGAGAUGUGGAGGGUGGAGUUCUCUCUUUUUUUCUUUUUUCUUUUUUUUUCCUUAAUGGAAUUGUGUUUGAAAAAGUAAUUAAAUAUCAUUAAGUAAGACAGUUGUACCAGGAUCAGUUCCAGCUGUGAAACUGCUGAUACACGUCCUCUGGUAUGUGAGAGGUGUUCAUAGUCUUUGUAGUGCCACCCUCUCUAGGCACUGUGUUCUUGAUUUUUGUGUCCAAAAUGUUAUGACAGCACAUUGGGUAAAAGCCAAGGGGGAAAAAUUCCUUCUCUGUCAUGUUACAAGAAAUAUGUGUGAGGAUUCAUGAUGUGAGUGUGAGGAUUCACACACUGGAACCAUGAAAAGUCCUUUAGUUUGCAGUGUUAAGAAGACAGAAAGAAAGGAAUCUUUGCUUACUAUGUGAAUAUUGGUGAUGGAUGAGGGAGUGAUGGGAAAUAUUUUUACUCCCUCAUACCCUAAUCCCUCAGGAGCCUUGGAGCAAUUAAAGGAGGUUUCGUUUCCCCCAACUUUUGUUUUUCUCUUGCCAAAAUUGCUGCUUAGUCCCCAUAAUUCCUUACUUUAUGGAGCUAAUAAAGCAGGGUCAAGUUACAGUGUGAAUUGGGCAGGGGAAACUGAGAUGGUGCAGGAAGUUUCUUGAAUUUGAGAAUCUUUUAAUAGUCAGAAGAAUGAGGUUUUUCAUUUUGGAGGAGGUAGGAGAGCAACCGGAGGAUUUCCUCCUGUAAUGCCAAGAGCUACCUGGGGGCACGAUACCUGGGAUACUGAGGUGAUGUUAUUUUGUGACUGGAUUGAGUAGGAUUCCUCAUCUUUCUUGUCCCUGUUGUUAAGAAGUGCUGUGGUAAAUUGGUGAUGACAGGAAGCAGGAACAUAAACCAUGAUUAUGCACCACUUCCCAAGAAAUAUGUCGGUGUGCACACAAAGGGUGUGUGCAGAAUUAGGAGCUGGAGUUCCUCACAAGACCCAGAUGUCCUUAAUUUUACUUCUGUUGUUGUGCCUUGAGAAAUUUAUAUGAUCUAUGCAUCCUUAAGAUCCAUUUUAUCAGUUAACUGCAUGUGCAAUUUUAGCUUAUAAAGUGGCACAUUUCAUAAUACUUUUUUUAUUUUUGUAUUUGGUCCCUGCAAGUAGGAGAAUUUCCUGCUUUAAAUAUACCAAAAGCAGAGUUUACAAAAAGAGUGAAUUGCUGAAGGAACACAAAAGUCUUUUAAUGAGGUGGUUUGUUGUUUGUCACGCUGUGUGACGUUGUGUGGUGAUGCUUGGAAGGUGGUCUGUGAUAUAAAUAUUUUGUGUGGCUUGCUAAGUUAUGAAAUGGGGGGAUAUGAAAAGAGGAUGCUAUGAAAGAUUAAUGAGACAACAGAGCAGUAUGUAUGAUGUUGGAGAGAUCUUACUGAAUGAAAUCAGUGCUAUGUAGUGUGUAUAUUCAAAAUCCUACAUGCAAAGAAGGUUGAUGGUAGCUUAUAGUGUAACCUGUAUCUCUGCAGAAAUUCAAGUUUAGUUGUGGAUUUUAAUUUAUUUUUAGUUUUCGGUUUCCUAAAGUAUAAUAUGCAUUCAGUUUUUUAAUGUAAUCUCAUAUUCAUCAAGAUUAACAUACAAAUAACUCUAUUGCACCACCAAACAAUAAAGGGAAAAAAGUGACACGAAGUAAAUCUCAUUUUACUGCAGCCAAAAAAUUGGUUUUGUGGCUUUUUAGGGCUUGACUCCCAGGGCAAUUGACAGCAUAGCUGUUGUAUAAUAACUAUGUAGCUGUAUCUGUGUGAUGGAACUCCCUCAGGCUGGUAUUAUGUUCCUGAACAGGAACAUCAUCUUUCUUAAAAGUAUAAUAUUCUAAAUAAUGACUGUACUUUGUAAGUACAUAAGACAGAGGAAAUGGAAGCCACCUUGCUGCUGAAUGAGGAGAACAUUCUCACUGAGCACAGCUUUAAUAAACUUGUCUGCAUCAACUUCACAUUGAUUUGUUUGUCUUAAUUUCACUGAAUGACUCUUCGUGGGCAGGUUGAUGGAGAUCGAUAGCUACUGCAGCAAAGGUGGAAUGAAUCCCAGGUGGAAUGUUGUCAUCUGUACUCUACUUACUGCUUCAUUAUUAUUAUUAUUAUUUGAAUCUGUAAAAAUACAAAUGUAUCUGGAUCUUGACGUCUGCUAAUAUGUGUACGUGUGAAUGUACACACGAGUCUUUGCUUCUUCCUGGCUGAUGUGCAAAGUGAGAGAAUGAUGGAAGAGAGGGUUCUUUGAUGAUUGACUGGGCAAGUUCAUAUUUUGCUUUGUGGUAAAAACCUCAGUGGUGAUUCCCUUUCUAAGAGACAAAGCAAGUUGCCCUUCGUUUUGGUUUCAUAGUUUCUGCCCUCAACGUUGUACGUCAGGGGCAUCUCUGCUGGAACAAGAUCAUGUCUUCUUCAACCCAUUGAAGGAAAGGGAAUAUUUGUUCACACUUAUGAUGAUUUGACAUAAUUAACGUUUUAUUAACCAUGAUGGCAACACAGACAUUAAGUAUAGACAACUAUCAAGAUGGACAACAGAUGCAAGUGGUGACAGAGUUAAAAACUGAACAAGAUCCCAACUGCUCUGAAACUGAUGCAGAAGGGGUGAGUCCUGCCCCUGUAGAAUCUCAAACUCCAAUGGAUGCAGACAAGCAGGCCAUUUACAGGCACCCGCUAUUUCCCUUGUUAGCACUAUUAUUUGAAAAAUGUGAACAAUCUACACAAGGCUCAGAAGGCACAACUUCUGCUAGUUUUGAUGUAGAUAUUGAAAACUUUGUAAGGAAGCAGGAGAAAGAAGGAAAACCUUUUUUCUGUGAAGACCCAGAAACCGAUAAUUUGAUGGUAAAAGCAAUCCAAGUUCUUCGUAUCCAUCUGCUCGAGCUAGAAAAGGUUAAUGAACUCUGCAAGGAUUUCUGUAGUCGUUACAUUGCCUGCCUGAAGACAAAAAUGAACAGUGAAACUCUAUUAAGUGGAGAGCCUGGAAGUCCUUAUUCACCUGUGCAAUCUCAGCAAAUUCCAAGUGCCAUUGCAGGCACACUCAGUCCCCAAGGGAUUAUGGUGCCAGCAUCAGCAUUGCAGCAGGGAAAUGUAACUAUGGCAACAGUAGCAGGGGGGACAGUGUAUCAGCCCGUCACUGUGGUCACUCCACAAGGCCAAGUGGUGACACAGGCACUGUCACCUGGGACUAUCCGGAUCCAGAACUCUCAGCUUCAGUUGCAAUUAAACCAAGAUCUAGGCAUCUUGCAUCAAGAUGAUGGCUCAUCAAAAAAUAAAAGAGGAGUUCUUCCCAAGCACGCUACAAAUGUGAUGAGAUCUUGGCUUUUUCAGCACAUAGGGCAUCCAUAUCCAACAGAGGAUGAGAAGAAGCAGAUUGCAGCACAAACAAAUCUGACACUACUCCAGGUUAACAACUGGUUUAUCAAUGCUAGAAGGCGAAUUCUUCAGCCAAUGCUGGAUUCCAGUUGCUCCGAAACUCCCAAAACGAAGAAGAAAACAGCUCAGAACAGGCCAGUGCAGAGGUUCUGGCCUGACUCCAUUGCCUCAGGAGUUGCUCAGCAGCAAUCCAACGAGCUCACGAUGUCCGACGGUGCUGUUGUCACCAUUACAGCUCCAGUCAACAUGAAUGUAGACAGUCUCCAGUCUUUGUCAUCUGAUGGUGCUACUUUGGCUGUCCAGCAAGUCAUGAUGGCAGGGCAGAGCGAGGAUGAGUCUGUGGACAGCGGGGAAGAUGAUGGAGGAGACCUUUCAACAACAAACAUCAGCGGGCUGGUCUUGGAUAACAGCGAUUCUCUGCAGUAGGAAGCAAGAGAGUGUGACAAAACACUUAGGAAAAAAAAAAGAAUGGACUGACUGACUGACUUUUUAUAGUUUGCACAGCAAACAUUUUACACAAGUUUUAUUUCUAAUAUGUUUUAUAUGUAGAUAUAGAAGGGUGCACUUUUUUGUAUUUCAUAGUAAGCUUAAAGAGUGUUUUUGCAGGUGCAGCAACUUCUUUCAAAUGUGGGUUUUUUUCGUUUCUUUUUCCUUUUUCUUAUUUCAGAAAAUUAUAUCUAGUAAUAUAAUAAGAACCACGUAAGCACCCCUUUGUCCUAUGAAUUGGAAGUGCUGCAGUUUCUAAUGAAUUAUGCAGUUUCAAUUAGUGCUGUUAUUUAACACAGCUUUGGAUGGGCAGGUGAUGUAAAUUUAAAGCAUGUGACACUAGUGUGUGAAUCUUAAUUAUUAAGUUAGAUGCGUAUAUUUGAAAGAUGCUUCUGCACCUUAAAAACUGCUAGUCUGAGGUGGACAGCAACACACAUAAAAAGGAACUGUUGAUGUGUGAUUCAGUAGCGAAUGUAUGGCAAUUUAAAUAAGUUUAGUUUCUCUCAUAGUCCGUGAGCCUGUUUAUCAUUUGCUAUGAAAACUCCUAUUUUUACCUUGCUGGGGUUAUUGGAUAAAAAAAAAAUAUUUUUAUAAAUUCAUUAGAAAUUGGGAUGACCACUGUAUUAAGCAGGAGGAGAAAAAAAAAUUUCCAGAGGGGAAAAAAUAAAUGUUUAGUAUUCCUAUUUGGAAGGUCUGAAAACUGACCUGAUUUAAUAAACAAGCCUACAGUAGCAUUCUAUGAUUCUCAGCUAUCCCACAGUGAUAUACUAUAUUUGAUAGCAGCAUAAGAAGGGCCCACUCUUUGAUGGGAUUUUGAUAUUGUCAAACAUUGAUUUAUAUUAUGUGUAAACUAAUAUUCAAAUUACAUAACUCUGUAUCUAGACUUGUAUCUGAAAAUAUUUGCUAAAUGACUAUUCAGGUAAGUAAAUUCAAAUACCCACAACUUUUCCAGUUACUAGAUGAAUUUAACAGUUUAUAGUUUGUACAACUGAAUCUGAAAAAAUGAAAAGUUGCCUACUAUACAGUCAUGAAUUCUGCUAUUUUAUUGCAUUUGAAAUAUUUUCCCCUAAUACGAAAAGAAAUAUAACUUAUGGAUUUAUAUAAAAAUUUCUUCAAAUCUGAAGUUUACUACCAGAAUAUACAGCAGGCUUUAUUAGAGUAGAAAAUCCUUGUGUGUCAUUUAAAAACGAAGAGCUGUUGUGAAAACAGCUGUUUUUUUGGUUUUGGGGUUUUUUUUUGUGGUAACAGUUCAUUUGUUUUCCCAAAGUUUGAAGUCUGUGUCUGUCUAUCCACGAACUUUUGGAACUUCUGUAUUUCCCUUUGUCAAGUACAAAUAACAGACUCUGGGAGCUUCAUGGUAUGAUCAACAUCCUCUUUUUAAUCCCUGCCUGUUUGUCACAGUGAUGGGUUAGAUCAGAACUUCCUUCUGGUUUAGACCAAAUCUGGUUGUGUUUCUGAUGCGACAGGGGGAAAAAAAGAUGUGUAGCUUUUAGACAUUGUAUUUGAACAAAGCCCUUGGACAGAUGCAAAUAUUUAUGGAACACUUAAUUUGUGCUUCACAGGACGCUCAGGCACGUGCUUGGGUCCUGUUGAUCUCAGUAGGAUUCACACAUGUGCUCUUGGACAUGCUUAAAUGGUUGGAAGGUGGUCAUUGCAGAUUCCAAAGCAGGUGUGAGUUGGUGUGAAGAAAAACUUGUGGAAGAAAUGUCAGUAGCACUGCCAUAUGCACAUGGAAAAUAAUACAAGUUUUCAGUGACUAGUAUCUAUUUUAAAAAUAGUUGGUGUUGGUUUUACUCCACACGAGUGAUGUUUCUGCUGUGGCACUCACCUAUUCCUGGCUGAGGAUCUUCCUUAGUUCAAAUGCUGUAAUCAUCUGCUCCACUGGAGUGGUAAUUCCUAAAGAACAUGUUUUCUUCUUCUCUGCUUUGCCACUGAUGUGCCAUGUUUGUUAAACAGCACAGUAAAUGAAUAAUGAAAGGUUUAAUUAGGAAGGUGUUGACAUAGCAUAACUGUCUCAAAGGCUGUUGUCAAAUGCAGUUUGACCCCAAAAUAUUUUAAAGGACAGAAACCAUGUAUGAAUCCUGCUCCUUUGGAAACAUUCAACCUACUACCCCUACAAAAGAUAACUGAGAUUACUGGAACAGAGAGACAGAUUCUGUGUUUUUAAUUGUUUGUGAUUUGACUCCAAAAGUGCUUCAUCACCCCCACAGUUUCCGUUAUACAACAGGUCAUGUUUGUUGGUUAGUUUGGGGUUUUUAUUCAGCCACCCUUGUUCAUGUUUAAUAGACCUUUAAUCCUUGUACUUGUAGCACGUAGGCAGAGGAAGGAAUAAUCUGCUUUUUAGUGAGUACAGGCCUGUGGACAAACACCUGCUUUUCCAAAUCAGGCUGUGCUGGAGCACCAGGCUGUUUUUCACCAUCUCCUUGCCUUCCCUGACCAGCUGUUGGUGCCUCAGGCUUUCCCCAUCCUGCUUCCAGGUGGGCUUGGAGCAGCUCAUCCAGCUGAUCCCAGGGGUAGCAAACAGCCAGCAGUGAAGGGAAGGGUAAACCAAAGUGGGCAAAACUUCCAUGCUUUGGAGAUAACGUGGCAAUGGGCAUUUGCCCACACCUCAAAACUAUGAGGACUGAGAUCCUAAAAAGAGAGAAGGCAUUAAAGCAAUUUAAUAUCUAUACAGCCAACUGGAAGAGGCUUCAGGAAUAUAUUGUUAUGUGCCACUUGGAACUCAAUUGGAAACAACCAAGCCUCAGGGUUUGCAAACUUCUGAAAGUGUAUUUUUCAGAAAGAAGCCAUUAUCUAGUUAGAUUUUUUUUUUAAUCCUUUUUUUAUUCCCUCCACCCUCCAUGCAGCAGAAGUUUUAUUCUUCUGAAAAAUUUGCAACCUUGUCUUCAGCUACUUUAUCAGUACCCAGAGACUGAACUGUACAGAGUUUACUGUGAAAGGGGAAUAUGGAAUAGUUUCACUGUAAGAUUAGAAACAUGAAAACAUAGGGAUGUGAAUUCCUAAAACUGGAAAGGCUUUACCAGUAUAAUCAAAGGUAUUGCUUAACAUAUGAAACUCAAACCUUUUCUUUUAAUUCAGUGAGAAUUCUGUAGCAGGUGUGAACUGCACAGGAGUGCUUGCUCUUCUCUUGGUUUUAAAAAAGAAAAAGUAGUGUCCUUCAUUUUUCCUGUGUAAGAAAACUUUGCUUUCAGCAAAGUUUCACCAUUCAGGAAAGGUACAUGUUUACAUUAGUUAAAAAGUCUUUAUAGGGGACAUAAAUUUAAACCCAUAUGUAAUUGCCCCCCUGUCCCCAGGUAAAGUCAUAUUCAUAUGCAAGAGAACUAAUUUUUUUUUAAAACCAAUGUGAUUCUUCUGCAGUUAUGAUUAUUGAAACUUAGGAUUUUUAUUUUUCUAACCCAAAACAGAGUUCUCAGUCCAAUUUUUUCAAGAUUCCUGUGACAGGCAAGGCAAUUUCCUGUUGCUUUUUAACUUUGGAAGCAUUGCAGUUUAGUAAACCAAUUCCAAAACGAUCAGGAUAUAUUUCUAAAUGACUGUUACCAAGAAAUAAUCGUGUUAGAAAAUAUUUAGAAUCACCUCUGGCUCUGCAGUGGGUUUUUUCUAUGUCUGGAUAUUGUGUCAAAGUGGAGUCCUGCUGACCUCAGGGAAACUCCAUAAGGCUCCAUAUCAGGCUGCAUUUAUCUGCCAGAGAAUUGGUUCCUUGUUCUGGUACCUGAUCUCUGUUAGGAACUUUUUGGAGAGCCCUCCAGCUUUAUUUUGCCUGCAUACCUGGGUGUUCUUCCAGUGGAAACCAGGGUAUGGAUGAAGGGCUUGGAAGGGCAGGAACUCAUGUUGGCCUGGUGUGUACCACGUCAUUGUUUUGGUAUUCAAAAUACAGCCAAGAAGCCAGAGCCACAAUGAGGAACUGAAGUUCCCAGUUCCUGUGCUUCCAGAGUAGCUUCAGGUUUAUGGAUAUUCUAGUGGAAUGAAGCCACAAAGACUUAAUGCAUGAAUAACAUGUGGAUUUGGUUGUGGAAGAAUUAGAGGUUCAUCUUCCUGACUUUAUGAACUUGACAGCCCACAGGAUGAAACGAAGCCUUUCCAAGGGCUGAUAUUUGCACUUGAACAAACAAAAAUCCAGAACACCCUGGUAUUUUGAAAAAUUGGAACACAUGCAUUUAAUUGUAAUUAAAGAUGAUUUAACAUUUAUUUUCUGAAGCUGAGUCGUCUUGGGAGGAAAAACAAUUAAUAAGUAUUGGUCUAUGCAAGACACAAAUGUCAAAACUGUGUAAAUUACCCAUUUUUAGGUGCUGUAUUAUUGUUGUCUUUCUGACUUCUGUUACUUUUAUUAGUCUUUUCAACCUUUCAGCCUUACAUUCAGCUUAGAGUUGAAUAGGCAAAGUGUAGUUUUGAAAUCCUGUUGGAAAUGUAACUACCCUUCAUUCCCUCAUGGAAAUCUCGCAUGUUAAACAGUUAAGUGAAAUGUUUUUGGUUUCCUAAUAAUAAAUUCAGACUCUCACCACCUCCUGAAAACAGCAUAUCCAUGAACAUGCACGUUUAACUGUGGUGUGCAAACGAUCAAAUCAUCAGCCUUGUGCUGGGGGCACUCUGUUCUUCACUCUUCAGUGCAGCUGAAGAGUAAAGCAGGUUCAUUUUGCCAAGCUCAGUGUGGAUUCCUUUCCCCCUACCCCCUGCCUUGGGCAUGCUAAACACCUUCAAAUAGGUUUUGGGUUGUUUAAUUUUUCAAGGCCUAAAGUAACCUGAUCAUCCAGUGUGUAAAGCACGGUGAGAUUGUCACUAAGGUGCUUUUAAGGGAUUGCCCCAAUCAGGUUAUCUGUUCGUUCUUGUCACCUGGAAAUAUCAAAUCUGCUCCUUUUCUGUGACUUCAGUUCUUUAGGACCUGCUGAGUGAUCACAGCUGGUUUUGCCAGAGAAAAGCAAGGUGUGAGAAGGCAGUGAAAUGCCUUUCCAACCUUGUGGGCUCCUGUAAAGAGACACAGUUCAAGUUAAUAGAAUCCAGUGUUUUCAGGUCGUGACAGAAGUGGCCCAUAAAUCUCUCUGUGGGUUGGCAGCACUGGGUCUGCACAAUCGACAAUCUUUAAAAUGUGAACCCUGUAACUUUUCUGUCCUUGGUUGUUAAGGGAUUUUUGAAGCAGCUGAUCUAUCAAGGGAUAAAAUUAAAAAUGAGAAUAUGCCUCUUGUAUAAUUUAUUUUUACACUGCUGUUCUCUGUGAACAGAAAAAGCACAUUUUUAAAGCAAAGCAUUUACAUGACUUUAACAGUGUUGUUUGGCUGAAAGACAAAUAUGUUUUCAAGAAACCUUGAGCGUAGUUUUAAACUGUUUAACCAGUUCCUGGCCAGGGAAAGUCAUUGGCCUUUGUAUUUGUUUGGGGUUUCUUGUUUAUGCAAAUGAAGAAAAAUGUUUACUAGUUCUUACCAGUAUGGGGAUUUUUAUUAUGCUUUUGUAAUGCAGGAGCAGCUUCGAUGAAAGACAGAAUUAGCAGGUAAACAGUCCAUAAUGUGUGUGACUUUGGGUGGGGUUUUUUUCCUUUGUUGUUGUUUCAAAAUUAUCAAUUAAAAUGGCAUGGACAUCAAACUUCCA